AUGAUGAAGAAGAUGCAGAGAGUAGAUGGGGAGGGGGGGCGACAGAGCAGUGCAAAGAGAAGCACGACAGGUCUAGGAGAGCAGGUCAGAAUGUUAUUCAGGGGUGUAAGCUGUGCCAGUAGAAACAGCGCGGUUUUGCAGGGUGUCCGUGCGAGUGGUGGUUUGAGUCUGUGGUGGAACAGCGACAAUGGGAGGCGGGUGUACAGUUCACAGGGUGGGUCUCGGUUGGGUUCGACCAUGGUGCCCCCCCCAGUGGACUCCCCCUACUACCACCAGCUAUGUGCCUUUGACGACAGUGUGAACACGUCCCUGAACGAUACUCAAUUCAGAAGACCGUCCUUCAAGCAGGGAAGGAAGGUUGGUUCGCCGCAGCAGGGGGCAAAUACGCCGCUGUUCUGGGACUCCCUCACGAGAGCUGUCCAUCUAUAUCAGGAACUUGUGAGUUGUCCAGAGCUGACAGAUUCGCGGGUUUCGUCCCUCGUGAACCUGAUACACAAUGCGCUCCGUAUCAAUAGGAUCCAGUUGAUCAAAUUGAACAAGAAACCGGACUACGAUUCGAACUCGUUCAACACGGAGAUGGUGCGAUACCUGACGACAAACUUGAAGUCCAUCACAGAGGACAUCUUGGCGCAUAAAGUUAAAAUUAACGAGUACGGGAUGAUGCACUUGCUAACCUCGUACAGGGAGUUGUCCCUCACGGACGAUCUAAUACAGUUCUGGAAAUCUGCAGUGAACGAUGACCAGUUGAACACUGUCGCGAUGCAACCCAAGUGCGUUGGUGUGAUGCUGCCAAUUCUGUACGAGCAUGCAAAUAUAACGUUCCACGGCUUGGUCUUGCUCUACGAGAAGAGUAGUAACAUGCUCUCUUUUAAGCACCCUAACCUUUUGCUCGGAAUGUUAAAGGCCAGUUUGCUUGCACAGGAGAACGAGUAUGCGGUGAACAUCUUUAAAGAGAUGUGCGACGUGUGCGACGUCAAGAAAUCCAGAUACUUGAAUGACGCGCAUCUCUCGUUUAUCGGCGGUUGCAAAGACAUCGUUGUCGCAGAAACAUACUUCGAUAAGGCGAUAUCGAAUGAAAUGUUCUACAAAGUAGUCUUACAAGUAUCCACUGUGAACCAGUUUUUGAACAACAUUUGGAACGAGAUUGAAGACAAGGACAAGAUGACUUCAGUGUGGUUGAAGACGGUGCAACGGUACAACGAGCAGAAUUUGAACCUUGGGGUGUUGUCGUCUCUGAACAACACGUUCUUCGAUAUUUUCUUCAAGAAGUGCUACGCAGCGGACAAGGUAGAGGGUUUCAAAAACCUUCAAGGGUUAAUGCAGCAGUACCAAGAGAUCAAGAGCAUCGAUGAACCCAUGUUGAACAUCAUUCUGGGGAAGUGUACGGUUUGGAACGACGGCGAAGUGAUUGACUACGUGAAGAGCCUGUUCUCCACACACAACAUUCCUGAAACCAUUGUCACUAAGAGGAUUAUGUUGAAGUGCAUUGGUUCUAUUAAAGAUGGAGUCACAGACGAAACCUUGUGGAGGCAAUGGGUCGAACUGAUCACGAAGUUGGACUCGCUGGGCCAUACUUACAUUGCAAACGCAGAUUGGGCUGCCCUGAGAGAUGCCACCGUAACAUGGGCCCAGUCUAACGAAUCAGAUCCUGCCGCACUCGACAGGAUCAACUUUUACCUAGCGAUGGUCAAGAUGUUUAAACCGUACUGCAGAGACUCUAACCAGGAGAAGAGGAUCCUGAAUGGGCUGGCUGCAUCGUAUCCCAUCUUGGAACCACAUUUGAAGGAAUUUGAUUCCGUGGACGUGGAAAAGUACCAAAUGCCCCCAUUGAAAUGCUUGGAAUUCAAUAACAACCAUAUAUAG